GGAGAGAACACCGUUAGCAACAGUUAACUUUAUGGCCAUCUGUCACCUCCACUUGCCUAGUUUGUGUAACCGAUUAUUAUUGCAGAAUCCAGUUUCCACUGCAAGCUGUCAUAUAACUGUUAAGCAAGUAACCUCAUACAUAAACACAACAUAAAUCGUACAAAUUACAGACUAAAACAUACUAGCGCUGUCAAGGGAAAAUGCCCUACUUCGGCGUGCAGGAUGUCCUCGAUGGCAAAGACGUCAAAUCCUGCUACAUCGAACUCAACAAUGGGGAUUUCAUGCCUAUUUUCGGACUUGGUACUUAUUUGCUGAAGGAUGAGGAACAAUUGACGCGAGUGUUGGAGACAGCUCUUUCCACUGGGUACCGUCUGAUUGAUACAGCGACUGUGUACCACAAUGAGGAGAUAAUAGGGAAAGCAUUGCAAGACUUACAAAAGCGACUUGGCAUUGCACGAUCUGAGCUGUUUAUAACUUCAAAACUCGCCCCGAAGGACCAAGGUAAAGAUAAUGUAAGACAAGCAGUGGCCACAUCAUUACGAAAGCUCAAUUUGAGCUAUAUAGAUUUGUACUUGAUACAUUGGCCUGGGGUAGACAGUGUGAAUUCAAGGUCGGACAAAAACCCAAUACUCAGAAAAGAGUCUUGGAUCGAGUUGGAGAAGUGUGUUGAAGAUGGUUUAAUUCGAUCAAUCGGGGUAUCGAAUUAUAAUCUUAACCAUUUAAAACAACUUUAUGAACAUUGCAAAAUUCCACCGGCUGUUAAUCAGGUUGAAUACCACUUGUAUUAUCGUUAUCCAGAAGAAUUUGUGGACUUCUGUACCUCGAAAAAAAUUCUUUUACAAUCAUAUGGGACGCUCGGAGGUGGAGGAGUGAAAGAUUUGCUGGAAGAUGAAGAGGUGAUGAGAAUUGCAAAUUCGCUUGGGACCUUGCCUGCACAAAUUUUAUUACGAUGGGCUUUGCAAAAUGGAUGGGCUGUAAUUCCUAAGUCCUGCAUGCCAACUAGAGUGAUAGAAAAUUCAGAACUGAAUUUUGAAAUUCCGGAAAAUGAAAUGUCCUUAUUGAAUUCAAUAUCAAAAAGGAUCAAGUAUGCUUGGGACCCGAAUUCGGUUUUAUAAAAAUAUUAUUAUAAUAAACUUUCGUUGAAGAAAAGCACAACAACAAAAA